AAUCGCCUAGAGAGAAUAAUAUUGAAGAGUAGAUUAGCUUUGUGAUCGAUGGAAGAAGAAGCUUGCUUGGUCGUCUACUGCCCCAGUGGUGGUGGGCGGAAGCCGAGCCUUGUACUUUCACCAGAUCUACUCGGAACCAAGACUCGAACUGAGCCAGAUAACGAGAGGCUGAGUUUGGUCAGCAAGUCAUGCGCCCCUUCUGCUGUAACCGACUUCCGCUCGAAAGUUGUGACUUCUCUCUCCUCGUCUGCGGCGGCUCCGGACGCAUACGUCUCUCAGCCGCUCUCCACACGCCACGCCGUCUGCCUGGCUAGCGUGGAAGGCAUGGUAUGUCACUCCUGCGUCCAGCUCAUCGAGACCACAAUCUCCAAGGAACGCGGUGUACAGGGCGUCAGAGUCUCUCUCCAAGGGAAGGAGGCAAUGGUGGAAUUCGACCCGACUCAAACCACUCCGCAGACCCUGGUGUCGGCAAUUGACGACAUGGGAUUUGAAGCUCGACACAUUUCAACCCACACUUCUGAAGCUCUCGGUACCUCUGUCUCUGUUCCGUUCCGGAAUGAGACUGGUGCAGGAAUGGGAAUGGAGAGAGCGGUUGUGGGAAUCGAAGGCAUGGUGUGCCAGUCGUGUGUGUCCAACAUUAGUAGCAAUCUCGGAAAGAUGGAGGGGGUUAAAAACAUCUCGGUGUCUCUUUCGGAUAAGAACGCCAGUAUCACUUAUGACAGGGGCCUCCUCAGUGUGGAGCAGCUACGUGGAGCCAUUGAAGAGCUAGGGUUUGGGGCCAGCUGUGAGGAAAUGUCAACUGGAGCUGGUGGGGAGGAGGGGGACGGUGGGGAGGGUGUGAAGAAGUGUUUUGUGAGGAUCGAGGGAAUGACCUGCCAUUCAUGUGUGAAUCUCAUUGAGUCUGUCGUCGGAGACCUAGGGGGUGUGGUCAGUGUCACCGUUACCCUGGCAACAAAAGAGGGAGUGGUCGAGUACAGGGAGGGGCAGGUUGGAACGGAGGAGAUACGAUCAGCUAUAGAAGACACUGGAUUUGACGUCGUCGCAAUUUCAGCCACUUCCUCUGACCUACCACCACCAGUUGAUGCUGCCACAGCCACAGUGGUUGGUUCUGCUGCCUCCACUGUUGUUGACAGUGUCCUGUCCAGCGACAGCGAGGGGGCUGACAGCGAUAACCCACUGCUGAGCCCUGAUAAACAGGGGCUCACCCAAUCAAAGAAGAAAAGAACGAAGAGAUCAGGAAAACAACUACUGCCAAGUGUCCAAUUCAGAAAAUCAUCUCCGGCCAGGGGAGGAGGGUCAGAGGUCGUCGUCCUUAGCGACGGUUCGGACUCCACCAAGAAGAAGGCGGUGGUGAAGGUGACGGGGAUGAGCUGUUCUUCCUGCGUGGCAAAGAUUGAGAGACAUCUUGGGAAAAUGGACGGUAUCCACUCAGUGCUGGUGGCUCUCCUCUCUGAGAAAGCAGACGUGCAGUAUGCAGCGGACAGGAUCAGCCCCGACAGGAUAGUCGCCGAGAUACAGGCUCUGGGGUUUGGGGCACAGCUCAUUUCGGAGACGGACAUUUACCAGGAGGGGCAGCUGGACCUAGCAAUAACAGGCAUGACGUGUUCCUCGUGUGUCCACCUCAUUGAGAGAACGCUCACGCAGACACCCGGAAUAGAGAGAGCCGUUGUCACCUUGGCAACCGGACGAGGUCGCGUGGACUUUGACCCCAGUGUUAUCGGACCUCGUGACAUCAUCAAGCUAGUGGAGGACGCAGGUUUUGAGGCAAAGUCAGUGGCCAAGUCGCUGGUCCAGACAGACUUCGACAACUCUAGCACCAUUCGUCGCUGGAGGUGGACGUUUGUGGUGACCGCCGUGUUUGCCGUCCCAGCUGUUCUACUGGCAUUCAUCCCCAGUGGAGUUCACUGGACCAUCAUCAUUCCUGGGGUCACCAUACGAGACCUACUUCUCUUCCUCAUCUCCACAUUUGUCCAGAUUGUAGGUGGUCGUCAGUUCUACGUGUCUGGCUACAAGUCGGUGCGACACGGAGCAGCCAACAUGGACGUCCUCAUCGCCCUGGGAACCACCAUCGCCUACGUGUACUCGGUGUGUGCUCUCUUCACGGCAGCUGUCAUCACUCAUUCUCCAACCAAGACCUUUUUUGAGACUCCGCCCAUGCUGCUGGCCUUCGUGUCUCUCGGUCGCUACUUGGAGCACAUCGCCAAGGGAAAGACUUCUGAGGCGCUGGCUAAACUGGUGUCUCUUCAAGCCACGGAGGCUCGACUUAUCACCACUCAGGAGAAAGACAGAGAGAGGGAGGAGAUGAUAUCGGUGGAGCUGGUCCAGCGAGGAGACAAGCUUAGGGUUCUGCCGGGAGAGAAGAUUCCUGUUGACGCCAUCGUCCUCAGUGGCUCCUCCUCCAUUGAUGAGAGCCUCAUUACUGGUGAGCCAAUGCCAGUCUCCAAGGCAACAGGAGACACAGUAAUUGGAGGAUCCCUCAACCAGAAUGGUGUGCUCCAAUUGAAGGCGACUCACGUGGGGACCGAGACAAUGUUGUCUCAGAUUGUGCGACUUGUGGAAGAAGCACAGACCUCCAAGGCGCCCAUUCAAAGACUGGCAGACCGCAUCGCCGCAGUGUUUGUGCCUGCCAUUGUCUCACUGGCUCUCAUCACCUUCAUCGCCUGGGCCAUUGUGGUAGGAGUGGCAUCACAUGAUCCUCAGUGCAAGUCUGAAUCGGAGCGCCCUGCACACUGCUACUACAUCAGUGAGGCCUUUGUCCACGCGAUGGCGGUGCUCCUCAUAUCAUGUCCGUGUGCUCUGGGGUUGGCCACACCCACUGCUGUCAUGGUCGGAACGGGGGUGGGGGCUCAGAACGGAAUCCUCAUUAAGGGAGGCGAGUCCCUGGAGACGGCUCAUAAGGUGACGACGGUAGUGUUUGACAAGACUGGGACUCUGUCAGUUGGCAAGCCAGAGGUCACGCAGGUCAUCGUAUUUGUCUCCGACUCUCUCUGCUCGUCCAAACUCUUCACUGCCAUUGUCGGCGUCGCCGAGAGCCACAGUGAACACCCCCUCGGAGGAGCCGUCGUUAACUUUGCCAGGAGGAGCUUGGGGCGGGGCUGA